AAUUCGUGUUUGGUCCGAGACAGGGCCGAGAUACCUCAUCUCGUUUGUAUCUGCAAUUUUCAGAUACAAAAUUAUUUCAAAAUAAUAGUUAAUAAUUUUUAAACAAGUAUGUUUAUCGUUUAACUAUCGUGAUAAGGAUAAGUUUUAAGCAUGUUUGAUUAACCUCGCGAAUCAAAUAUAACACAUUCGGCGAACAAGUUCGUCCGGCAAAAGUGCGACGAAAAUGUCGAGCGAUAAUGGCAACCAAGUGAUUUACAUCGGUGAUAAGAGCACCAAUCGCCAACGAAAUGCACCCAGUCCAGAUGGAGAUCGCAAGGAAAUGAAAAUUUUAUUCUUCGAUCUUACAUAUUACAACACGACCACGCAAUUUUUGCUAUGCUGCGCCGGCGUUUUCGUUCUCUAUUUACUGUACGGAUACAUGCAGGAGUUGAUUUUCACACUGGAUGGAUUCAAACCGUACGGAUGGUUCCUAACGUUGAUUCAAUUCGCGUACUAUACCGCGUUUGGCUACAUAGAGCGAUUCAUGGAACGGGUCAAAACUCCCCGGUGUAUUCCGAUGAGAACGUACGUUCUGUUGGCGUUUCUAACCCUCGGUACCAUGGGUUUGUCCAAUUCAAGCCUCGGCUAUCUGAACUAUCCGACGCAGGUCAUCUUCAAAUGCUGCAAACUUGUUCCGGUGCUGAUCGGCAGCAUUCUGAUUCAGGGCAAAAAGCAUGGACCGCUGGAUUUUCUUGCUGCCUUUGCAAUGUGCACCGGGCUGACGCUGUUUACAUUGGCCGACUCACAGGUGUCGCCUAAUUUUAACACAUUCGGUGUGGUUCUAAUUUCGCUGGCUCUGCUGUGUGAUGCCGCCAUCGGUAAUGUUCAAGAGAAGGCCAUGCGAGAGCACAAGGCACCUAACAACGAGGUUGUGAUUUAUUCGUACGGAAUCGGUUUCGUCUACCUGUCGGUGAUCAUGCUCGUUACAGGGAACUUGUUUACCGGGAUCGUCUUUUGCAUGGAGCAUCCGGUCGAAACCUACGGCUACGCUUUCCUAUUCAGCUUAUCGGGUUACCUAGGUAUCCAAAUUGUUCUUACCCUUGUCCGAACGUGUGGAGCUCCGCUGGCAGCAACCGUAACGACCGCCAGGAAAGCUGUUACCAUUGCAUUGUCGUUCGUAUUUUUUAGCAAACCGUUCACCAUAAAUUACCUAUGGUCCGGAUUGAUUGUGGUGCUAGGAAUCUAUCUCAAUGUUUACAGUAAGCGAAGCAAACUUACAUUCGGCGAUAUUAAUAAAGUUUUGAAGCGAGUAUACUACAAAGUGGCAUUCCGUGGGGGAAGUUCUUCGGCUAGUUCCAAGAAGCUACUACUAGAAGUGUAAUAUAAGAUAGUGUUUAUUAAAUUAUUGUUCCACUGCGCUAGGUAACAUAAAUUAUCGAAACAUUAAAAAGG